GCUUCCCUUUUGGGGGAGGAGACGCGGUCCCACAACACCCGCAGAGGGGUAUAUAAGGAGCUGGUGGCUGGGGGGUGACAGGCACAGUGCCUGGGUCUCAGCCCUGCCCGUGCCUCCCACCAGCUUCUCUUGCACUGCUGAGAGCUUGGGGCUGCUGCCUGGCCAUGAGCACCACAUUUCUGCAGACUUCUUUCUCCAGCCUUGGGGGUGGCUCUACCCGAGGGGGUUCCCUCCUGGCUGGGGGAGGUGGCUUUGGCGGCAGGAGCCACUAUGGGGGAGGUGGAAGCCGUAGCAUCACAGCUUCUUCUGCUAGGUUUGUCUCCUCGGGGUCAGGAGGGGGCUACGGGGGCAGCUUGGGUGGAGGGGCUGGUAGUGGUUUGGGUGGAGGUUUUGGAGGUGGCCUUGGAGGUGGCUUUGGAGGUGGCUUUGGUGGGGGUUUUGGUGGUGGCUUUGGUGACUUCGGUGGUGGCGAUGGUGGCCUCCUCUCCGGCAAUGAGAAGAUCACCAUGCAGAACCUCAAUGACCGCCUGGCCUCCUACCUGGACAAGGUGCGUGCCCUGGAGGAGGCCAACGCUGACCUGGAGGUGAAGAUCCGCGACUGGUACCAGAAGCAGAGCCCCACCAGCCCGGAGCGUGACUACAGCCCUUACUUCAAGACCAUAGAAGAGCUCCGGGACAAGAUCCUGGCAGCCACCAUCGACAACUCCCGGGUCAUCCUGGAGAUUGACAACGCCAGGCUGGCGGCCGACGACUUCAGACUCAAGUUUGAGAACGAGCUGGCCCUGCGCCAGGGCGUGGAGGCUGACAUCAACGGCCUGCGCAGGGUGCUGGACGAGCUGACCCUGGCCAAGACCGACCUGGAGAUGCAGAUCGAGGGCCUGAAUGAGGAGUUGGUCUACCUGAAGAAGAACCAUGAGGAGGAGAUGAAGGAGUACAGCAGCCAGCUGGCCGGCCAGGUCAACGUGGAGAUGGACGCUGCACCGGGCAUGGACCUGACCCGGAUGCUGGCGGAGAUGAGGGAGCAGUACGAGGCCAUGGCGGAGAAGAACCGCCGGGAUGCAGAAGCCUGGUUCUUCAGCAAGACAGAGGAGCUGAAUAAGGAGGUGGCCUCCAACACAGAGAUGAUCCAGACCAGCAAGACAGAGAUCACAGACCUGAGACGCACGAUGCAGGGACUGGAGAUUGAGCUGCAGUCCCAGCUCAGCAUGAAAGCCGGGCUGGAGAGCUCGCUGGCAGAGACAGAGUGCUGCUACGCCACGCAGCUGCAGCAGAUCCAGGGCCUCAUCAGUGGCCUGGAGGCCCAGCUGAGCGAGCUCCGCAGUGAGAUGGAGUGCCAGAACCAGGAGUACAAGAUGCUGCUGGAUGUCAAGACGCGGCUGGAGCAGGAGAUCGCUACCUACCGCAGCCUCCUGGAGGGCCAGGAUGCCAAGAUGGCUGGUAUUGGCACCAGAGAAGCCUCCCUGGGUGGUGGCAGCGGCGGCAAAGUCCGCAUCAAUGUUGAAGAGUCAGUGGACGGAAAGGUGGUUUCUUCUCGAAAGAGAGAAAUCUAAAUACCCAGUGCAAGAGAGACGCCCCCGCCACCCCAACCCUCCCCAUGCUCAGUGGACAGCUGGCCAGAGGGGCCAGAAGAGCAAACUCUAGACCCAGAGGUCCCUUGUCUCCUAUUUGGGUGCUUUGCAUGCUCUCCCUGUGCCCCUCCCCAGCCUUCCCACCUCCUUUAGAGCAGGAAGGUGCAAAGAAACCAUAGUAUUGUGUAACAAGGUCGUUUGUACCAUGU